AGAAUGGCCAAGACACAAACAGCAACUCUAUUACUCAAGUCUGUCCACUCUACUCUGCCUCUCCAGAAUCCUUCAUUUUGAUUGACACAGAAAAUAGAAUAGAUUGGAUUGACCAUCAAGGAUAUUAUCGUUUCCUGUGCUUGCUGGACAUCGGAAUUGUGGAGAAUCUCUCUGGAUUGGAGAGUCGUGGAAAUGACGGGGGGAAAGGAACCCUGAUGGAUUUUCCACUGAAGGACUGUAUUUAUGAAAGUUUAGCAGGAUCACUGGAAGCCGUUCGCUGUAAAGAUGGAGAUGCUGGUCAGAUCCAUUCUGUUAUUAUUCAUAUGGAAAGGACUGUCUGCCAUUGAUGUCCCACUGGAAAUCAGACAGCCCCCCACCAUUAUAAAACAGUCGCUGAAGGAUCUCAUUGUGGACGCUGGAAACGACAUGGUCAUCGAGUGUGAAGCCAGGGGAACCCCCCACCCAAUUUUCUCGUGGAGGCGUAACGGGAAGUAUUUCAACGUGGCCCGGGACAGUCAGGUCUCCAUGAGGAGGCGUUCAGGUACGCUGGACAUCUAUGCCUGGGCUAAACCUGAGGCCUAUGAGGGGGAGUACCAGUGUGUUGCCACCAAUGAGUAUGGCACUGCAUACUCCAACAAGAUCAACCUACGCAUCUCCAAGGCCCCUCUGUGGCCCAAAGAGGUUUUGGAACCCGUAACGGUGAGCGUUGGCCACCCUCUGGUCCUGAAAUGCAGCCCUCCUCCAGGCCCUCCCAAACCUGAGACCUACUGGAUGAGCAAGUGUUCAUCUGGGAGACCUUUCAACUGGCCUCACCAGCCCCACCCACCUGUCAUGGUGCCUAUCAAACAGGACCGUAGGGUUUCUAUGGGGGUGAAUGGGGAUCUGUACUUCUCCAAUGUCUAUUUUAAUGACUCUGCCACCGACUACUGCUGCAAUGCACGCUUUCCCUACAAAAACAUCAUACAGCAGAAGAUGCCUGUUACUGUCAGGGUCCUCACAACCCGCAUGCUGUCUGAGGCCCCCCCCACCUUCCUGUCUCCGGCUGGGAAAUCAAGCACUCAAAUUGCCAUGCUGGGGGAGGAGCUGCUCCUUGAGUGCAUCGCUGCUGGACUUCCAACCCCUGUCAUCACGUGGACCAAAGAUGGAGGUGGACUGGACACCACCAACAUGAGGGUGAAGAACCAGAACAAGUUACUGCAGAUCCCCAAGGCCACAUUUGAGGACGCCGGUGAAUACACCUGCACGGCCACCAACAAGAUUGGAUAUCAGGAACACACCACCACUGUCUUGGUCAAAGCGGCACCUUUCUGGUUGGAGAAGCCCAGUAACCUGGUGCUGGCACCGGACGAGAACGCACGCUUAGUGUGCCGUUCUGAUGGCGUUCCCCAGCCCAGUAUCCAGUGGUUCAUUAACGGUGAAACAAUCGAGGAUGCCACACCGGUCCCAAACAGGCAGGUGUCAGGGGACACAAUCACCUUCCAUUCUGUGACGGUGGCAAACAAUGGGGUUUACCAGUGCAAUGCCUCAAAUGAGUAUGGCUAUCUGUUUGCCAAUGCUUACAUCAACGUGCUGCAUGCAACGCCACGUAUCCUCAAACCCAGGACCACCCUGGUGAAGGUCAUAGAAGGCCACCGUGCCUGGCUAGACUGCCGCUAUUUUGGCUCCCCCAUGCCUGAUCUGCGCUGGUCUAAGUACGGACUAGGCAACCUGGAGGGGAAUCGUUUUAAAGUACACAGCAACGGGACCCUGCAGAUCAGAGGCAUUCGUAUGGAGGAUCAAGGGACGUAUCUCUGUGUCGUUAGCAACGUGGCAGGACGGGAUGAAAACCAGGUCAAGCUAGAGGUCAAAGAGGAAACCAAAAUCCUUAAACGGCCAGAUAAUAUGAAAGUGGUCCGGGGCACUGAUGUCCGGUUUGAGUGCAAGGCCAAACAUGACCCUACAGUCUCUAUCACCACCACCUGGCUGAAGAACAAACAGUCCCUUAGCAUUCGAUGGAGGCUGUCCCUGGAUGAAUCGACUCUGGUCAUCAAAAACGUCAACAGAGGGGAUGAGGGCAACUAUACCUGUGUCAUCAAGACUGAGAUGGACCAGAACACGGCCUCCUCCCGUCUGGUGGUGAUGGAUCGUCCAGAACCCCCUACAGACUUGCUGCUGUCAGAACCCUAUGAACGCAGCGUCAGGCUUACGUGGACCCCAGGAGAUAGCAACAACAGCCCUAUCAAAGAAUACCUGGUGCAGUAUGACGAUGAUGACUGGUUACCUUUCAAGUGGAGAAACCUUUCCACAUACCCUGGAAACCUCAACUCUGUCAUCCUGCAACUGUCUCCGUUCAUUAUCUAUGAGUUUCGGGUCAUUGCUAUUAAUGACAUUGGUAUGAGUAAACCCAGUCGCUCGUCAGAAAUCUUCCGAACCGGUGGAGCACCUCCAGAUGCCAUCCCUAAAAACCUCAAAGGAGUGGGCACAUGGAGAAACAACAUGAUGAUCAGCUGGGAGGCACUGAACAACAGAGAGUGGAAUGGGCCACACCUGAAGUACUUGGUGUGGUGGAAACGAAGGGAUUCCAGGGAGGAGUGGAAGAACGCUACCACUUGGUGGUGUAAAUACUACAUCCACAACACGGACACCUUCACACCCUACGAGAUCAAGGUCCAGGCUGUCAACGACUUUGGGCUGGGCCCUGAAUCCCCUGUCAUCAUAGGCUACUCUGGAGAAGACCGACCAACCGCUGCCCCCCUCAACCUGCGAGUGUCCAAGAUCGAGGCCACCAAGGUCAAUGUGCACUGGGACCCCGUGCCUCACAGCAGUAUCAUGGGAGAGCUGAAGGAAUACAAGGUCUACUUCUGGAGAGACAGUAGCCAGCUGAGGUGGCUGAGUGUGAGUCGGGCCAUGAAGUCCAGAGCCUUCCCAGCCAGCGGGCCACGUCUCACCGGUGUCCUGUCAGGACUCAUGCCUUACAGCAACUACAAGAUGUACAUAGUGGUGGCCAACAACCGAUACGAAGGGCAUCCCAGUAACACCAUAGAUUUCUCCACGCCUGAGGGAACGCCUUCCGCUCCAAGGUCCUUCCGCAUCCAGCAGAGACAUUUAGACACCAUCUGGGUGGACUGGGACACACCUGGCGAGCCCAAUGGUAUCGUCACCGGAUACACACUUAAAUAUCAGACCGUGAACGCAACUCGAGGAGAGGAAGUGCUUGUUGAGGAAUUUCCCCCAAACAUCACCAGUUUUGCUCUGCGCCGAUAUGAUCGCUACACCCGCUACAGAUUCACCAUUGCAGCACGGACUAGAAUCGGUGUGGGAGAGUCGUACACAGAGGAAUCACCCCAUUACACAACGGAAGCUUUUGCCCGAGACCAGGUGGACCUCUCCACCCAGGGCUGGGUCAUCGGUGUGAUGUGUGCUGUGGCCCUCUUUGUGCUCAUCCUCCUGGUCGUCUGCUUCAUCAAGCGGAGCCGCGGGGGCAAAUACCCUGUGCGGGACAAGAAAGCAGUGACGAUGGAGCCUGUGGAUGAUAAAGAUCAAGAGGGAUCCUUUGACUACCGGUCACUGGAAAGGAUAAGCCGUGUCACAACCAUUCCCUACUCUGCCCGACGGGAGGAGGAGACUAAAGUGGGUAGGAGCCAGACAACAGCCGACACCAUAAUGACUCGAACGGAGAGUGACGACAGUCUGGUGGACUACGCUGAUGGACGGGAGAUUGAGUUCAACGAGGACGGCUCCUUCAUUGGCCAGUACACUGGACUCAAGGAGAGGGAUGACAGAGACACAGAGUUCAGUGAGAGCAGGAGCCAGGAGGCCCACUCUCCCAUCUAUUCUUUUGCAUGAGGGGAAAGGAUGUGCAGUGGGUGCAGCACUCAACAGGCGCCUCUAUAAACAGUUGUAUAGAUGACUGGAACGCCCACCGCCCACUGUCUGGGGGAUACAGGGGUCCCCAAGCACAUCCAGCAUGUUCAAUCCAGGCACACUCUUAUGGGAUUUUGGAUGUUGGAUAUUGGUCAACCAAAUGGUCACAUUUCAUUACCGCUUGAAUAGCAAAAAUGUAACUGUUAAAAUGUUUAAUGAAACAAAAUGAAUGCUCUCCUCAUCUGCUCCUGACUGCAUGUUCUGUCAAAGGACUAGUAGGAAUGUAGGUGGCAUUCUUAUUCAAGUAAACACAGAUGUAGUGGGGGGGCUAGGGCCAUUGCAAGUGAAACUCAUGGAAAUAGUCGCUCUGGAAAAGAGCACCUGCUAAAUUAUGUAAAUGUUAAAAUGAGUGUACCAAUCAAUGCUAAACAGGAUGUGUACCUAUCAAUAAUGUGCUGUGCUUGGUUGAUUGUGUCUUCCGUCAGCAGUUCGUUCCACACAACAACAACAAAACAUUGUGCCAACCCUAGGUACUACAGUAAAUGCUAUACAGUAGAAAUGUUACAAAAAAAAGGGACAGUCUAGAGCAUUUUUGAAGUUGCUAAAGUUCAUUAUUUUUGGUAUGAGUCGACGGGUGGUGCGUUUGCUUGUGUGAAUGCAUGUUGAUGGGGGUGUGUAAUAUUUGUACUACUAUUAGAUUAUUAGGGAGAUAUUGACUGUAGAUUAGGCAGAGGGAUUUGUUGAUGAGUUUAUCAUGUUGAUAAAAGGAGUGACACCUGGUAGUGGAACUAUUUGUAUGAGUUAGAAAAUUCUUAACUUUUGACUGCUAACUGUAAUCAUUUUAAAAUUAUGGGCCAUACAGUGUAACCUACCACAGCUCUUUUUAUUGUGUCAUUAAGUUUCAUGUGAUAUCAAUUUUUGCUUCUAAGCACAGCACAUUGUGGAGUUUUAAGAUGCCGUCUGGGACUUUUGCAAAUAGCAAAUUCUUUUUUUAAACCCCCAUUUUGAAUAAUAUGUGUGAAAUGUUGUUUAUAUGGGCAUACUUUAUAAGUAGAAUCACUCUCAUACCUCAGAUAUUCCUGAAAUGAUACGUUUGGAAGCAAGUAUCGUUGACGACAUGGGGCAUAUUCUGUAUCUGCGUAUACAAGACAGACCCACCAUUUAUGGGGACUCGUUUUGGUUCAACAGCGCCACUUUUACAAACAGAUACCAGAAAUCUUCGAAGGCAUCUUUAAAAAGUCUAGGUUCAGCCCGAACUGUCCUAAAUAUGCCACCUGAAAGCAUUAAAUCAUACAGUAGUAGCACCUAAAGGGCUCUGUACCAUUCACUAGUUUGUAUGAUGCUAUGUCUAAAUAUUGUGGUGUGAACACACCCUCUCCUGUAACAGUGUGUUCGUGGCACAAUAUGUAUCUGUGAAUCUCAAUGAAAUUCCUAUGACCUUGUCCUUCAGCGUAGUCACACUGACUGUGGACUGGUUCAACACCUAACAAAAGAUACAGUAUGCAGAUAAGAAAUCUACAGCCUUGAAAAUGUCCAGACAUCAAAGUGUCUGUCGAAAGAGUUGUAAAUGACAAUGUAAACACUUCCCUAAUCAAAGUCUCUGGGACCCAACAGUGCCUACUGUUUACCUUAAUGAGGAGUUAGUGUUAAUGUUAUGCAGUGAUAUAAAGUGAAAAUUGUAAAUGCUACUAUAUUUUCAAUUUUUUCUUGUGCUAAUUGUUAAUGUACCUUUCGAUCUUCACAAUAUAAAUGAAUAAUGUACAUUGCAUUCUAAUGGAACAUGAUUAUCUCAAUUUUUCCAUCAUGUGCAAUAGUGUUGAAAGCACAGUGGAGUAGUGUCCGUACAGUAAUAUCCUGUUGUCAAGUAAUAUGGGGCACAUGACAUUUAGUCAUUAACUUUCCAGUCAGGGAUUAUGGAUCUGCCAUGCUGUCAUUAAACGUGGGGUGAAAUUAGCAUCUAUGUUCUUUGGUAUUGGGAACAAGAGGUCAAGCUACCAAGUAAUCCAGAGCUGUAACAGGCCAUAUUCCAGUCAUAAAGAAACACGUUUUCACUGUAAAGCAUCUUUCCCCCUAUCCCAGCGCUUGUAAAUUUCUAAAAUCUUUAUGUAGCAAUUUGUCUAUAUAGUUCAUAGAGGUCUUAUUAUAUUAUGUUAUGGUGUCACAAGUCCAAUGUAAAUA